AAUCCGAAACACAAGCAAUCUAGCACGAACUCAAACAAAACCAUAAAUUAAAACUCUGUUUAAUCUGAAGUUAAUCAAAGCAUUCCAACUCUCUCUCUCUCCUCUCUCCUUAAAAUGGGCGCCUCCGAUGUCCACCACUACCACCCUGCCGCACUCGACGACUCCUACCGCCCCAUGCCCUCCGUCUACUUGGCUUUCCUCUCCCUCUGGUUUAUCUCCGCCUGUUCUUGGACCAUCAACAUCUACAGGACCCGCCACUUUCAGACUAGUAAUUUGCAGUUGACGCUGGCGUCUGUUCCGUUGAUUAAAGCCUUGCAGCUCGCUCUCUCCUUCCUGUUUUGGUAUUCAUGUUUUUAUCUUCAGACAUGUUCUCUUUGGAUUUCAUUUGGAGCAUAUGUAACUGGAGUGCUUUUCCAGACUGCAUCUUUUGUGUCUUUCUUGCUCAUAUCUCAUGGAUACUGCAUUACAUGUGAGCGCCUUUCACUAGCUGAGCGCCGCACUACUGCUGCACUGGGAUGUCUAUUUUAUUUGACUCUUGUUGGCUACAGAGCCUGCAUUCCUUAUUUCACCGCCCUUCUGCUGAUUACUUAUUUCAUCUCAUUCUAUGUAAUUUUCCGCCGGAUAUCACAAAAUCUAACAGUGUUACAAGAACAGCUGACUUUUAUAGAGGAUGAGGAUAUUCAAGCAAUGCAUGAAGCCAUAUAUACAAAAUACAAUAUGUUCAAGAAAUUUCAGAGUGCAAUGCAAAUAAUAGCAGUGGCAGAAACUGUGGUAUAUUUUAACAUGGAUAAUUCAUCAGAAAACUACUGGCUUAGGCUUUUAAUUCGAGAAUGGGCACAAUUCUGCAUCUUUUUGUACGUUGGGUGGAUUUUUAGGUCACAGGACUUGGCUCCUAACUUUUCUGUCAUGCCUGUUGUGAAAUCUAAAGUGGAGGAAAUGCUGCCUCCUGUCUAUAGUAUUGAAAUGGAUGCAGCAACUUUCAGAGAGUUCACUAAUUAUGAGUGGCACAUUGGUGUGCCAACCCCUCUUCGCAAUGAAAGAUCAAAAGAAUCAGUUUUGGUAAUAAUUCAGCAACCACAUGCAUAUAGAUUGACAUCAGAGCCUUCAUCUUCUUCAAGCUCAAAGCUGGUGUAGCAAGUUAUGUAGCAGGCAGGCGCUGUGCAAGGCAAUCAUGUUGAUGUAAGAGAUACAAUCAAAGCAAUCUAUAUGGGGAGUGGUUGCCAACAUCUACUACUUGUGCAGGACGGGAGCUGCCAUAAAUUUUCACCCAAGGCAGAAAGUUAUCCACAAAUUUUCCUUUCUUUUCUUUUUUCCUCACAAAAAUCUGAAAAAGCUAGAGAAAAAAAAAUUGUGAAAUCUAGAAAGUCAAUUCAUUCAAGUUGGCUAGAUUCAACUACCAAUUUUAGAUUGUAUCUAAAUACUCAAAUCUCAAUCAAUCAAAUUGUACAUUCCUCCCCUCUUAAUCUGAACUUUCAAAAUGGUUUAGUUAUUUUGGUUUUGGGGCGGUUUUGGAACGAUGAUGGAUUUAUGAGAGGCGCCUGCACUUUUGUUUGUUCUUCAGCUGAACAUGAAAUGAAAAGAUUGAUGGUGU